CGCAUAACCUGUGUUUUGGUACGAGAUAAACAACGGAGACGGAGCAUGGAAUCGUUAUGCAAUUUGUUAUCGAUCUAGAUUAGCCAGGACUGGCGAGGAAGGAGAGCCCAUGACAACACCGAAUGUCUAGAAGUAGAAGCAACCCUCAAAGGAAAAGGAAUUAGACUUCACAGACAGACCAAUCAACUAGAGGAAGACGUUGGUGGGCAGAGGGAGACGAGGAUCCGCGGCUGGGAACUUUCUUUAAGGGAAAUCAAGGGCGUCAUCAUCAACAGAGAGUUAACAUCCAAGCUCAUCAUGGUCACCGGUGAGACACCACGGACACGGAAGUUGAAGUCCUGAGAGAGGUGAAGAGUGAAUGUGAUAUUGAGUUGGAAUCAUGGAAAACCUGCCAGAAAUGUCAAAUGGUAUGAGAAGUACUGAAUUGGCUGUAGUUGUUGACAGUUCCCAUAAUAUUGAUGGACAACUGAUGGAAGACCAGAUAAGUUCUGCUGACAAAAUCACAUACGAGUCUGGCUCUGCUUCUCUGAAAUAUGUUUUUGAUUGCUGGCCUCCACACGGUAUUGUUGGCAGGUGCCUGACAUGGACGAUAUUAGUUCUCCUAGGAUGGGGAGCUGCAAUUGCCAUCCUUGGUAUUUCAGCUCUUCCUGGUGGCAAUAUCUUCUCCCUUAUGUGUCUCUUCUGUGUUGCUUUGCUUGGAGGUCAGCUGGCUACACUAGCCAAACUUCCUUCACUGAUGGGUAUGCUGGUAGUGGGUAUUAUCCUCAGCAGUGUUCCUGGGAUCAACUAUGUGGGCAAUAAUAUAGAUAAAGAAUGGUCUUCUGCUCUUCGCAACAUUGCACUGGUGGUGAUACUUCUCAGGGCUGGCCUUGGGCUAGACCCUGCUGCACUUAAGGAGUUGAGCUUCAUGGUGCUGAGACUUGCUUUCACACCAUGUAUUGUUGAAACUAUAACAGUGGCCACUGUUACACAUCUUUUGCUUGGCUUUCCAUGGCUUUGGGGGUUAAUGCUGGGGUUUAUAUUGUCAGCUGUAACUCCAGCUGUGAUUGUCCCCUGCAUGAUAAAGCUUUCUGAGGAAGGCUAUGGCAUGGACAAAGGAAUCCCAACCCUAGUGAUUGCAGCUUCCAGCGUUGAUGAUGUACUAGCAAUUUCUGGUUUUGGAGUCCUUAUGGGCAUUACCUUUGCAGAAGGAUCUCUAUGGUGGAUAAUCUUGAAAGGUCCCAUUGAAGUGGUGAUGGGCCUUGUGUAUGGACUUGGUGUUGGAGCCUUGUUUUGGGUCUUACCAAAUAUUGAGGAGAGGAAUGCACAGAACUUAAGAUUUUUCUUGCUAGCAUGUGCAGGACUUCUGGCAGUCUUUGGAAGUCAGAUGGCGCAAUUUGGAGGAGCUGGAGCUCUCGGAUGUCUAGUCAUGGCCUUUGUGGCAGGUAUUGGAUGGAGGCGGCAGGGGAUGUCAGAGGACAAUAAUCCUGUGGAUGACAAGCUGUUGAUAAUGUGGGAACUUUUUCAGCCCUUCUUGUUUUCUCUCAUUGGGGCAGAAAUACAGUAUGCCAAAUAUAUAGGUAUCAAGACAGGGAAUUUGCUGUCCACACUAGCUAGCAGAGAAGUAAAACAAAGGAAAUAUGGUUCUGGAGCACCAAAGAAGACUUUGCCUAAGGUGAUGUCUGAACCUACUAUAAUGGAAUCAACACUUCAGAACAAACAUCCAGAACUCCUCAAGGAUGUGUCAAUCAGGACCACCUAG